AUGAUGAUGAAGAAGAUGAUGCAGGAGAGAAAUUCUGAUAUUGAUGGCGUGAACAUGAUGGAUCGUGUAGCGAAAUUGGCAUCACAAAAGGCAGUGGUGAUCUUCAGCAAGAGUUCAUGUGGGAUGUGCCACGCAAUAAAGCGACUGUUCUACGAGCUUGGGGUGGCUCCUGCAAUAUACGAGGUGGACGAGGUUUCAAGAGGGAAGGAAAUAGAGUGGUGUCUGAUGAAACUAGGGUGCAACCCUUCUGUGCCUGCAGUGUUCAUUGGAGGCCAGUUUGUGGGUGCUGCUAACACAGUGAUGACCCUUCACCUCAAUGGCUCGCUAAAGAAAAUGCUGAGAGAUGCUGGAGCAUUGUGGCUUUAG